AGUAUUUUCCCCAAGCCCAGGAGGGUGAUGAGUUGUCUGAGUAUUUUGUUACAUUUCCAACUGAACCUAGAGCUUACCAGAGACCAGUUACAUCAAUAUCACAGAAGACUGUCAAAGUUGUUCUUCAGCCAAUUAUAGAACCACAUGAGGUUCACAAAGUCUUAUAUGCACACAUGUCACGUUAUAAUGAAGAGUUUGGAAAUGAAACACUAAAUAUAAUGUGUCUGAUUUCAUUAUUAUGCAUAUUAUACGAUUGCAUCGAAUUAUUAGUUUUCACCAUGGAGGCAAUGUUAUGCUGAUUGGUACUAUAGGCAGUCAUUUAGCUACACUCUCCAAGCUGGCUUUGCAUGUAGCUGAUAUGCCCAUACACUACAUUGACUCCUCCAAGACUAAUACAUUCUUUGAUGGACUGAGGUCGGCAAUACGUCAGACAGGAACAGAAGGCAAAAUGCUGACCCUGGUCUUCACUGGUCGUGACUUACGUGAUGAACGCUACCUGGAUGCCAUAAACAGUUUGUUAGUUAGUGGAGAGUAUCCACAUCUUUUCUCCAAUGAUGAAUUGGAAGGAUUGCUGCAGGCUUUGACACCAGCAAUGAAAAGACAAGCCCCAAACUAUGUGUUGGACCCAAUGAAAUUCUUUGUAUCUCGAGUGAAAUCCAAUUUACACAUCGUACUGUGUCUGCCACCUACAGAUAAAUUAUUACAAAUAGCUCCAAGUCAAUACCCUGGCCUAUUCACUGGUAUGCAAAUGAAUUGGAUGUGUGACUGGACACAACAUGCUCUGCUAACAAAUGCACAAUACUAUGUUUAUAAAAACCACAUUGCUAAGGAAUGUGGUGAUGAUAUGAGGGACAACCUUGUUGGAUGUUUAUCUGAUAUUCAUAGCUUUGUAUUGAAAGACUGUAAACAGAUACCCUGGGCUGGAAAUACAGAUGAUAACAUAACUGUCUCCUCAGUCAAGGUUGUAGGAAAGAAAGAAAUUAUCAAAGUACAAACCACUGAAGUACCUAAUUUACCUUACACUAAAAGUAUUAUGCAUGAACACAUACAGUUGAGACAUAAAAAUUCUCAAAACCAUGGAAGAAAUGAUGUCUUUGUUGGCCCCAAAACUUUCCGGCGAUUCAUGGAUUGUUUUCGCUACAUCUUCGACACUAAGAGUGCAGAGAAUUCAUCCAGCAUUGCACAGCUUAAAAAAGCACUAAGGUGUUUAGAGAAAACAAGACAGGAUGCAAAAACCAAGCACACUGAUAUCAAGAAAUUACAGAGCGACUAUGAGACGGCUACCGCUAAGACAGCUGAGUUGUUGAGACAACUGACCCUCAAAGCGACAGAGUUGGAGAAAGUGAAAGCUCAGUUUGGUUUCUCGUCUGGCACUCUCACUGCAUUCCUUCAGUUGAAUGAGAUUGAAAGCGAAGAAGAUGAGGUAGAUGAAUUGCUAGCAGCUG